AUGUCGGCAUACCCACAACCAACUGAAUCACGAUCUAAAGAAUUAAUCGACAACUACAAUGCCGUGCUCAAACAAGUACAUGACUUAAAUCCAAAGACCCGCCUUGUAGCAGUGUCUAAAUUAAAACCAUCUUCAGACAUAAUGGCUUUGUAUGCGGCUGGUGUCCGUCAUUUUGGUGAGAAUUAUGUUCAAGAAUUAGUAGCCAAGUCUCAAGAGUUGCCCAAGGAUAUUUGUUGGCAUUUCAUAGGCGGAAUGCAGCUGGGUAAGGCAAAAGAUCUCAGCAACAAAGUGUCCAACUUGUAUGCAGUUGAGACAAUUGAUACAUUCAAGAAAUGCAAGCAAUUGAAUUCAACAAGAGUCAAGAAUGAUGGCGAGAUAAUAAACGUCUACUUACAAGUCAAUACAUCUGGUGAAGAACAAAAAUCUGGUUUCAUCGAUGAAAAUGACAUGGAAGAAACAAUAAAGUUUUUGCUAAAUGAUCAGGAAUGUUCCAAGUUAAAGUUGGCUGGUUUAAUGACAAUUGGAUCGUUUGCCGAGUCCACGGGAGCUCAAGGUGAGAAUCAAGACUUUAAAAAACUACAAGAGUUGAAAAAGAAACUUGACGAACAAUACAGUUUAGACUUGGAAUUGAGUAUGGGAAUGAGUAACGACUUUGAACAAGCAAUUAAGCAAGGAAGUUCAAGCGUUAGGGUUGGCUCAUCAAUCUUUGGGGCCAGGCCCACCAAGCAAGAGUUGAAAAAAAAUUCUUGA